AAGAUUAAAGUGUCCUUUUUAUUCUCUAUAUGUUAUCGCUCAUUUCUCUCUUGCAUGAUCUGAUCCGAGCAGACUCAAGUGGAUGAGGAGCAACGAAGAGGCGUAGGACUGGCGUAGAGAGGGAAAGAGAAAGAAAGAGCGAGUUGUUGAAGAAUGGCGUCUGCAGACGUCUGCAUGGCGCAUGGUGAAGCUCUUGAUGGUAACAACCAAAGUCCUUGGUGCGAUAAUACCUACGAAAUACGACACUCGCCUUCCUCGUAGAAGAUGCCCACUAGACGAUAAUAGCGGUAACGGUGCGUGCACUCGACUGACUGUUAGACGCGGAAAGAAUCAGUUGGACUUCUCGCUCCGCGAAGUCGUCCAGGCUUCAAAGGCUGAUUCUGAACGAGCGAAAGGGUGAAAGUGAAAUUCCCUCGAGAAGAUAUACGCGUACAUCACGGGACGAGUGAACGAGCACAUUGCGUGAGGGCACGUUUCACGAUACAAUUAAAUACAUUCUCGUUGGAGAACCUCGGGGAACAAUGCUCGUGUUAAUGUGCCUUGUCCAUCAUCGGACAUGUUAACUCGGUCGAGCGUCAACUAACCUAAUUCGUGAUCGUGGACAGGGUGCAUGAACGAUGUGUGCUUCGGUGAACGAGACUCUCUUUGCGAUGGACAACACGAUCGACAAGUGGGACAAUGCCUGCAGAUUGUGCUCGGAGGAGAAGAACGAGAUGCUGCCCAUCUUCGGGGACGAAGGUCUACAGCGCAGGGUGGCUCAGAAGCUGCGCGCUUGCCUACCCGUGCUGGUGUACAACACCGAUCCCUUGCCGAAACAGAUUUGUCAGUUUUGCGCGGCGAGGCUGGAUGACGCGUACGAGUUCAGAGAGUAUUGUCUGAACGUCUACAGGAACAUGCACGCCAUGUUAUUCAAGUAUCGACAGCUAGAGUCCGUGCAGAUAUUCCUCGACGCGAUGAAAAACUCGCCGGAUCCAUGUCAGGCACAACUCUGCAAGGAGAAGUCUAGAGCACCACCGCCAUUGGUUCCUCUAUCAGCUGGCCUGCCUCUUAAUGAGUCGGUGACUCCGAUCAAUCAGAUUAGCCAAGAUCAAUUGCAAAAUGUCUGCAUAGAAACCUUGUCUGAACUGCCUUGCGAGGUAGAGAUCAAAGAAAUGAAUACGGAUCCAAUUUUGGAUGAUGAAACUACAUUCUGCGAGCCAUUGACGAAAAAAUACAAGUUGUCCGAGAUGUUUGACACAAAUAUGCAAACAAAGCCAGAUAUUGUUUCUAUAUUUGACAUAGAAGAAGAAAAUAUAAUUUUCCAGGCAGAUUAUCAAACGAAAAAGGAAGAGAAACGAACUAGUAUUUUAGAACAAGUUUUGACUGGUAAUUUAACAAUGAAUAAUCAUCAAAAGUUACAACCUAAAGCGAAAUUAUCCUCCGAAUGGUGGUGUGCGCCUUGUAAUAGUUAUUACAGAACAAAGGACAGUCUAAUGAAACACAUGCAAUUGGAAUGCCCGCGUAUAUAUAGCUGUAGAAAAUGUUCCUUAUCUUUCGAAUCUGUAGAAAUUUUGGCAAAGCACGAAGCUAAUAAUCAUUUAAAAGUUAAAUUGGAUUUUACAGAAAGCUUGAAAGAUUGUCAUAAAUGUGACCGGCAGUUCAUAAGCUGGGAAAUGUUGAGGCAGCAUAGAUUACGCGAUCAUUUAGCCGAAUUGACUGAGAUUGGAUCUAAUACAUGGUGUUCAUUGUGCAAUAGGUUUUUCCCUACUGUAGAAACUUAUCAAAAUCAUAUUCAAUUACAUCAAGCAAAUUCGAUAACACCACAGAAACUACUUUUCACAGAAUCUACAACGUCUAAGAUAUCUAAGAUGACAGAACGACCAAGGGAAGUUAAAAGAGAGGAGCAUUUCUAUGAAAAUGUAAAGUCUCUUACAUGUCCCACUUGUGGAAAGGUUUGCACUCAACAAAGUGCAUUAUCAAACCACAUGCGUACUCAUGAACCGAAGAGACACAAAUGCGACAUUUGUGGUCGAUCAUUUGGACUUUUCAUACGUCUGGCUGCACAUAGAGUAACUGAACAUAAUGUUCAACCAACAAUGUUACCAGUUUUAUCAGCAGUUGAACAGGAGGAAGCAUUAAAUGCUGAAAGAGAAGCAAGAGAAGCGAGGGAAGCUAAAACUCGUGGUGCCAAGAAUAAAUUCUAUUCCGAGAUGAUGGAGAAAAACAAUGUUCUGGUAGAUGAUGAAUCUUCCACAAAACGCAAUUCUAGUGGAUUUAAAAACGUUGCAAGAUGUGGUAUUUGUUUGCAAUGGUUCAGUGAUCAUACAACAAUGUUAACACAUCUCCAAACACAUUCGGACAAUUCUCAUAAAAAUUUCAUAUGUCACAUAUGUAAAAAAUCGUUUAAAGAACAAUCGCAACUACUCAGGCAUGAGACUUGUCAUAAACGUCUGACACUCGAUAAUUCUUCGCUAUAUACAUCUGCUGUUUGCAAUAAGUCAUCGUCUAUGGAUAAAUCACAACAAAAGAUGCAUACAGUAGAUAGAACUUAUCACUGCGCAAAAUGUAAUAAAAUUUUUUUCAAAGAAGUAUCGCUUCUUGCUCAUCAGUGCACAAGCAAGACACAAUUUGGAAAGAAAGUUGCAAAGUCUCUGCAGAAGACAUCAUCUCACGAUAACGACAAGAAAUACAAAUGUUCAAAAUGUGACGCAUCUUUCGCAAGUUCACAAUCACGGAAUGCUCAUAUGAGAAUGCAUUCCGAAAGCACGCAAAACAAUACAACGGCACAAACGCAUGAAAUUAAAGCUGAAAGGGAUGACGAACCGAUGCCAAAAUUGCGUCCAGAGACAUCGCUAGAAUACAAUAUAUCUCCUAUCGAACCAAAAAUCGAAAUCAAUGAACAGAGCACACCCCCACCUCUUAAACGGACUCUCAUUAAAACUGCUAACGGACAUCGAUGUGGUGUAUGUCAAUCACCAUUUGUAUCAAGGGAGCUAGCAGUAGCGCAUUUGAGGUCCGCACAUCCCGUGAUGCCAUAUCAGUGCCCUUAUUGCAAAAAACGCUUUACGACGCAGUACACGUUCACUCAUCACAUUAAAACUGAGCAUCCCGACGAACCCGAGAAAUAAAGAUUGCUUGAAACUGCAUGUCGAAGGUAGCGGACAGGUCGAAACUAUAUAUCACAAUAUGUGCCUCGUUAAAUGUGACAAUUUUAUUUAUACAAUAUACACAAAAUGUGAGACACGUAUAAAACGUUAAAAUUAAUUAAUAUCUUAAAAAAUAUAAAAUAAAAGUAAAGUUUUGAGAAAUAUAUAUUGUCAUGGUUAUUGCUCAAAAGCGAUGGUAAAUUAUUGCAAGCAGUAAAGACACUUCUUACACAAAACUGCAUGUAAUUUUUACUUUACACUCUUUUCUAAAAGCAAAAUAUUUUUUGAGAUAUUAAUAUUAAUUUGUUAUACAUUGUAUGUGUCUUGCUGUAUGUCAACCUUUGACUAUUAAUUGGCCUUGAAUAAAAAUUUUUGUAAAGCGUAUUUGUGCGAACAUUAAAGUUAGAUUUGUUAUACGAGGCUAUUGAUAUUAGUACUUACACAAAACGUGCCUGUACAUGCUUUGUUUCAUAACGUUAUGUAAAAAUGGAUUUUAUUUGUAAACCGCGCGGAAUAAAAGCAGUUCUAGAGCGACGGUAAGCAAAUUUUCAACGCUUUGAUUGAAAAAUUGAUGUAAUUAUAUGAAUUUCACUGCCCCUUAGCAGUAGGAAUUUGAUUAUGUAAUUUAUAUUGUAUGAUUUAUAUUUUUUGUAGAUUUAUGUUUUAUAUAUUCAUGACAUAAUUAAAUAUAAUUACCAUAAUGAAUCAAGAAUUCUAAAAAUACAAUCAAUUACAAUCACUCUGGAAUUGUUUUGUUACAAAUAAUGCAAUUUUCUAAUGCCAUUGUAAGUUAUCUUGUGUUAAAAUUUCUCAUCAUACCCCAAUAAUAUGAUAUUAGAGGAAGAGGUAUUGAGAAUUCUAGAAUGUUCAAUCGUGUUAAAAUACAUUCCUUUUUAAGAAAUAUUUUGUGUAACCAUAUUGAUGUCUUAUUUCGUGUUAUGUAAUUUUAUGUGUUGCCUUGCGGUACAAUGAAUUCUUUCUAAGGAUACCCAAAAUCAUAAUUAUGAUUAAAAAGGAAAAG